AUGGACUCGCCAUUUAUUAUUGAUUUGAACUUAUCCGACGAUAUGGAAAACAAUGUUCCAUUUUGGUUACGAGAUGUGUUUGACAGAGUUUUGGAUUCCACAGGUAUCAGAGGGCGACUGGCUUCAGAUGAAGCUAUUGCGAGUUUGAUCAAGGUUGACAUUAGUCAGAUCCUCGAUAAAGACUGCCCCAUAUGUUAUGAAAAGUUUCAGACCGAACCUAUAGUGAUCGAGGAGAGUAAAGCCGGUGAACAGGCACUAGCUAAUAAAAGAGUCACGGAAAAGUUGUUACAGGAUAAGGAGUUUAAAGAGAAUCUAUUAAAAGAGCAUGGCAUUUACAUAGAGCCACUAGAGACAACAGCCAAGUUUAAUGACCCCUAUAUGUUUUUCCCCACUGAUCUUGCUGCAGAACAUUAUAGUAGAUUCCCACAACGCAAUUUGGCAACAUUCAGGAAAGUCACUAUUGAAGACCAAUUUCCAGGUUACAAGAGUGAAGACAAGGAGAACAAGGACAAGAGGAUAGAGAAAUAUAAGAGAGAGGGUCAUAUUGCGGUGAAGAUGCCCGAGUGCGAACACAUUUUCGGUCUCUCGUGUAUUGUUGAGUGGUUAAAGGCUAAUGUCUCUUGUCCAUUGUGCAGAAGAGAAGUUGAGGCGAAAAGGCAUGAUCCCAAGAGAGUUAAGCGAGAGACUAUUGAGAAUAAUGUAGUGACCAAUUUCAACAAUCGUUCCGACAUGAUUGAACAUAUGAUGGAUCACUCGACGGAUGUUUUUAAUCCAUUUAGACGUCCUUUCAACCCUACGAUCACACCAGUAACUGAUACGCAUUUAACUCAAGAGUGGGCAACCCCUUCCAACUAUCCAAGGCCUUUGAGAUCUAGAGACCCAAACAUUGUUAUUCCUCGAAAAUUCCCAUUUGGUGAUCCAUUUGUUAGCACACGAAGACUAAACUCGCUAAGGAGAACGACGAGGGACAAUAGGAGGACACGAAAUGCGGCUGCUGGGGCUGCAUCGGCAGCGGCAACAGCAGCAGCAGCAGCAACUACGGCAAGAAGGAGAAGAAGAAGGAGAAGAGCAACCAACGAUAGUAACAGCACGUUAAAUAGUGGUGGCGGUGGUGUAAAUGAUGAUGAUGAUGCUAUUGAUGAUGAUGAUGAUAUCGACGCUGAUGUAGAUGGAGACCAAGAGAGUGAUUUUGACGAAUUCAGUGAUGGAAUGCGUCGAAGACGCAGUGCUUCAAAUGAUUCAUCUAGGAGUGCUAGGAGGGUUAAUUUUUCUCCUCACACAACUAAUAUUGAUGCUUUGCAGGAUACCACAACUAGUGAGAGUGAAAGCAGUAGCAUAGACUCUGCGUCACCAGUCAACCCACCUGCUAGUUCUGGAAACUUCUCUGAUAACACUGGUACAAUUAGGCGUGAAGAAAAUUGA